UCCCGGAAGCCGCCGGCGACUCUCCCCGGGAGCAGCGUGACCGACAGCGGCUCCGAUCGGGGGGAGAAGGGAGAGGGAGGAGGUGCGAGCGGCGGGGCGCGGACCCGGGACCCCCAGCAGAAUGGCAGAGAUGCAGGGACUGAUGGAGCGACUGGAGCGGGUGGUCGGCCGACUGGAGGUACUGUCUGCAGAGUCACACCGGCCUCCUGGGGACUUCGGGGAAAUUAAUGGUGUCAUUGGAGGUGUGGCACCCUCCGUGGAAGCCUUUGAUAAGCUGAUGAACAGCAUGGUGGCAGAGUUUUUAAAGAAGAGUAGGAUCCUUGCUGGCGAUGUGGAGACUCACGCAGAGAUGGUGCAUAGCGCUUUCCAGGCCCAGCGGGCUUUCCUUCUGAUGGCCUCUCAGCACCAACAACCCCAAGAGAAUGAUGUGGCUGCGCUCCUGAAACCAAUAUCAGAAAAGAUUCAGGAAAUCCAGACUUUCCGAGAGAGAAACCGGGGCAGUAAAAUGUUCAAUCAUCUGUCGGCCGUCAGCGAAAGCAUCCCUGCCCUCGGGUGGAUAGCUGUGUCCCCCAAACCUGGUCCUUAUGUCAAGGAGAUGAAUGAUGCUGCCACCUUUUACACCAACAGGGUCUUAAAGGACUACAAACACAGCGAUUUACGCCAUGUGGAUUGGGUGAAGUCAUAUUUGAACAUUUGGAGUGAGCUGCAAGCAUACAUCAAGGAACACCACACCACAGGCCUUACUUGGAGCAAAACAGGUCCAGUAGCAUCAACUGCAUCAGCAUUGUCUGUCCUCUCCCCUGGCCCUGGCCUUCCUCCACCCCCUCCUCCUCCACCUCCUCCAGGACCACCUCCAUUCUUUGAGAAUGAAGGCAGAAGAGAGGAGUCCUCCCCUUCACGCUCAGCUCUAUUUGCCCAGCUUAACCAAGGAGAAGAAAUUACGAAAGGGCUCCGGCAUGUCACAGAUGACCAGAAGACACACAAGAAUCCCAGCCUACGGGCUCCAGGAGGACAAACACCAUCUCCUACCAAAAGCCACACUCCAGGCUCCAGAGCUCCCCAAUCUCAUCCUUCUCAGAAACAUGUUCCUGUGUUGGAGUUGGAAGGAAAGAAGUGGAGAGUAGAGUACCAAGAGGGCAGGAAUGACCUUGUGAUUGCAGAGACGGAACUGAAACAAGUGGCUUACAUUUUCAAAUGCAACAAGUCUACUCUACAGAUGAAAGGAAAAAUAAAUUCCAUUACAAUUGACAACUGUAAGAAGUUUGGCCUUGUGUUUGACAACGUGGUAGGCAUUGUGGAAGUGAUCAAUUCCAAGGAUAUUCAAAUGCAGGUAAUGGGGAAAGUGCCAACAAUCUCCAUUAAUAAAACAGAAGGCUGCCACAUAUACCUCAGUGAAGAUGCGCUGGACUGUGAGAUCGUGAGUGCCAAAUCGUCCGAAAUGAAUGUCCUUAUUCCUCAGGAUGGGGAUUACAGAGAAUUUCCUGUUCCAGAACAGUUCAAGACAGUCUGGGAUGGAUCCAAGUUGGUCACUGAACCUGCAGAAAUUAUGGGCUAACCACCAGAGAGAUGACGCCCUCCCUCCACCCCCCGACCUGAAUCUAUCCAAAAAAAAAAAAAAAAAAAAAAAAGCAGCAUUAAAGACCUAGAAGUUGCAGUAACAUCUACUGCUUUAGUUUUGGCUUCCAACAUUCUGUAUUAUUUCUGGCAUGCCUUCGUGGGCAUUUUGAAGUAUUUAAAGUUUCUUCAUGAUUUGGCUUUGUGUGUGAUUUGAGUUCCACAUGAUGACUUGUGAGCAUUACACGUCUAAAGGGGGGAAAGAAUUCUCUCCCCCUAAUAUUAAUCACACGGUAGCUGAUAGGUAAAAAAAAAUACUGCAUGAUUCAAUUUGACACUUACAUUUAAUUGCUAGUUGGAAAAUAAAACCUUUGAGAAUCUAAGAUGUACAUUUUUACCUUUUAGGCAAUUUUAAUAGGAAGUAGUAGUAGUAUGCUCUGAGAAAUCUAACAUUUUUUUUCUCAUUUUUGCCAAAUGUUCGCUUUAUCAGCACGGAUACAUUGUUGGCAUGAAUACAUAGUUCAACCCAGUUUUUUACAAAACAUAAGAAAAUUCUAUCCUAAGGACCAUAUCCAGUUUCUUGGUCUGUAGAAGACUUGUAUUCUUUACUAAAAAUAGAUCCUAAUGAUUCAUCUUAAAAUAUUCUUCUGCCAUUUUACUUUUCUGCAAAAAGAUUUGUAUGCCAAAAGAUUGGUGGGAGGAAGCAGAUGUAGUACCUCUCAAUUUUGCUCGAAGAUCAAGCUCAAUUUUUUUGUUUCCCAGUUUUGAACCUGUUGAAUAUCAGAUGCCUUGUAAAGGAUGUCAUUAAUGUUUUCUUAUAAACUCUUUUCUUUUUCACUUGCCAGACUUCUAACCAGUCUCGGAAAAAUCAAUGUUAAAAAGCCAUAGCUGUAAUACAAAACCUGAAGAAUUGUUUGUUGGUUUGACGUGCUGCUCCUAUUUUGUAGUAUUGAGAGUAUAUGCUUUUCAACAUAAGAAAAACUAUGAUAUUCCUAUCUUUUCAGUACACAGUGCUGAAAAAUCUGCAACUUCUUGGAUCACAUGUAAUGAAUUCUAGUAUAAUGCUUGCAGACCCAAUACAAGCAUAUAUAUUGUGCCUACUAUAGCCUUUGGAAUACGUUAUUUCCGUUUUUUAAAUAUCUUCUAUAUACAUAUAGUAUUCAAAUUACUGAUGCUCACGUACCAAGGUUUUGCUAUACAAGUUUUGUUCAUAUGAAUAAUGUGGCUUUAGUAAAUAUCUUUUUUUUCAAUUGUAAACUUAUUCUGAAAUAAAGUAAAAUUCUAGUUGUUUAAAUAACUGUGAUGAAUUCUGGCUGUUAAAAUAUUUUUUUCCGCUUUGAUUCGCCCCUUGCUCAUAUGUCA